UUCAGUUGGCAGAACUAUAUAACCAAUAAUAACAGUGUUGUAAACAAAAAACAUUGUUUAUUGUUUUAAUUAUUAUUUUUUAUUCUAAAAAAAUACAAAUUUCAAGUGAUUUAAAAAUUUUUCAUUUAAAAAAAGUUUGUUAACUACUUAAUUGUAAAUAUUCUCUAAAAAAAAAAUUAAACGUGGUAUAUUUAUAGGUUAUGCACUGUUUUUGUUGUUGUUUAAAAAUUUUUUAAUUUACAAUUAUUAAAAUGCCUAAUUACACAAAUGACGCGAGGGUAGUAUGGAAAAUGUUAAACGGACUUUUCGUUAUUUAUAAACCAGUAAAUGUUCCAUUAUUAUUAUCAAGAAAAACAAUUUGCAAAAAUUUAUGUGCAGAUUUAAAUAAUAUGAAAGUUAGACCACCGGAUCCAUACGUUUUAAUUGAGGGCGAAAGUAAUAAACAAUUAACUGUAUCAGUAAGAUCUAGUUAUGCAGAUAAUAUUCUUGUUGUUGGUCCACGAUAUCAGGAGAGUGAUAUUAGAAUAAAUUAUGCGAAUCAUUUACAACAAAAUAGUUCUGGAAUUAUUGUUUGUGGAUUAAAUAAUGGCACAAAACUCGCUUAUAAAUUGAAACAAACAAAUUCAACAAGAUCUUAUAGAAUUAAAGGAAUUUUAGGACAAGCGACUGAUAAUUGUUUUAUAACAGGACGAAUAGUUGAAAAAUCAAAUUAUAAAUUUCUCCGAAGAUCACACAUUGAUCGUAUUUGUGCUGCAAUGCAAUCUUCUCAUCAAAAAAAAAUGUUCGAACUUUGUGGAGUUGAUAUUCAAAGUCAAGCCGCUUAUGAAUUAGCAGUUAAAGGAUUAAUUAGACCUGUUGACAAUAAUGUUCCAAUGAUAUAUUCGAUAAAAUGUGUAAAUUUCAUUCCCCCAGAAUUUACAUUAGAAAUUGUUUGCAUUAAUGAAGACGAAAAAUAUUUUACAACUUUAAUCAAUGAACUUGGAAUGGAACUUCGUAGUACAGCGACAUGUUCACAAAUUCAAUGUUUUCAAUAUGGAUUAUUUAAUUUGAAUCAUGCUUUAUUAUCGAAACAUUGGAAUUUGCAAAAUAUUAUGAAAAAUCUCGAAAAUUCUGAAAAAAUAUUAGAAGAAAAUCCCCAUUUAUUAAAUCAAUAUCAUCCAAAUUUAAUACAAAAAGAGGAUGUGUCUUUAAUUGAAAGUCAAGAACGUCAAUAUUUAUUGGAGAGUAGAGAAAAUUAGUUAUUUUAUUUUUUAUACAAAAAGAGUUUUUUUUUUUCUAAAAUAAAAAUGUUUUCUAAAGUGGAAAUAACAUUUUCAUUAAUAAUAAUUAUACUAUUUAAUUAAUAAUAAAAACAUGAUUUUCAAAAA